AUGGCUGCCAACUUCUUCAACAACAAAGCCCGCGCAGCGGCCGCAGCCGCAUCGAGCAGUACCAAGCAGAAGCCAACAGAUCCGAGAGAGGAGCAGCUCCAGCCAUGGGUUGAGAAAUACCGACCAAAGACACUAGACGAUGUCGCUGCGCAAGACCACACGACGAAAGUGCUGUCACGGACAUUAAACGCUUCUAAUCUCCCCCAUAUGCUCUUCUACGGACCCCCAGGAACCGGAAAGACAUCUACCAUCCUCGCCCUCGCAAAAUCCCUCUUCGGUCCCGCCCUCUACCGCUCUCGUAUCCUCGAACUAAACGCCUCCGACGAACGAGGUAUCGGCAUCGUUCGUGAAAAGGUCAAGGGCUUUGCCCGGACACAACUCGUGCAGCCCACAGGCCUAGACGCAGAGUACCUCUCCAAGCACCCCUGCCCGCCGUUCAAGAUUAUCAUCCUCGAUGAAGCAGAUAGCAUGACACAAGAUGCGCAAUCGGCUCUCCGCCGGACGAUGGAACAGUACAGUCGAAUCACCCGUUUUUGUCUGGUCUGUAAUUAUGUCACCCGAAUUAUCGAGCCGCUGGCAAGUCGAUGCAGCAAGUUCCGAUUCAAGGCGUUGGAUAACAGCGCUGCGGGGACAAGAUUGGGGUAUAUUGCCGAGAAGGAGGGAUUGAAUCUUGAAAAUGGGGUAGUUGAUAGGUUGAUUACUUGUGGGGAGGGAGAUUUGCGACGCUCUAUCACUUAUAUGCAGAGUGCUGCUCGGUUGGUAGGGGCACAUCGGGCGGCUGGCAAGAAGGACGGGGAUGAAGAUUCAGAGAUGACAGAUGACAACUCGAAAAUUAUCACCGUGAGGAUGGUGGAGGAGAUUGCGGGAGUUAUCCCGGAGGAUGUGUUGGACAGCUUGACUCAGGCUAUACAGCCGAAGAAGAUUGGUUCAUCGUACGGGGCUGUUUCUGCUGUUAUCACGGAUAUUGUUGCGGAUGGGUGGAGUGCAGCUCAGUUGUUGACGCAGUUUUAUCGACGAGUUGUCUAUAACGACGCUAUACCGGAUAUCCAGAAGAACAAGAUCGUCACGGCCUUCUCUGAAAUGGAUAAACGUCUGGCGGACGGUGCAGAUGAGCAUCUUUCGAUUUUGGAUCUGGCGCUUCAGAUCUCCGGGAUCCUUGGUGGUUCAUAG